AUGACAAAGCGUUCGUUAGCUUCUGAAGACAGUGAUGAUGAUGAAAUUCAAGCCAGUUCAAGUGAAGCUCGUAUUGACUCGCCACAUACAAAAAAGAGAAGAUUUGUUGAAUUUGAACCUAUUAGAAUUUGUAGUAUUGGAAGUGUGAAAGAAAUUGAACACAAAGUUCUUCGAGCACAGCAUUACAAGCUUUGUGAACGCUUUCGAUAUAAACAAAAAAUUCAACAAGAAUUCGAGAAAAGGAUUGAGGAAUUUGAACGUCGACAAGUUCAGGAUGAUGCUGUUAAUUGUAUUAUUAACAGAUAUUGGAACAGGGUUUGUGGAAUUUUUUUUGAAUUUUUAACACUUUAUUUUUGGGUUUAAAAAUGGGUAGAAUAUAUUUUCCAAUGUGGGGUUUUCAUCAAAUCCUUAAGUAAAAAUGUGUUAUGCUUUGACAACGAGUAGAGUUAUUUGGGGCGGUUAGUUCUUGCCUGUGGCGGCACAAGAAGAGAAAUAUAAGAGCAUUUGAGCCGCCACAGGGAAAAAUUAACCGAUGCUCCAACCAGUGAUGGAAAGGUUCCAGUUCUGGAACAAGAACCGGUUCCAAAGAAAUUUUGGAAGUUUUCCAUCACUGGCGCCAACAAACCUGUUUUCACGUCUUGUUUAUUUUUUACGAAAUAUGUGAAACAAUUUCUGAUCCUGAAGCACGAUCAUCCAUGUUUUUCACUUCAUCCAUGUUUUUCACUUCUGGCCCCCUUUUCAGUUAGAUGCAGACAUUCAACUUUU